GUUGACUUGGUGGACUGGGAAUUUAGUUUUUACGGGUUUAUUUUCGAUAGUUAUUGAUUUAUAACUGAAAUUAUAGAUAAUCAGGCUGUGUAUUUAAUUGAUUAGUUUGUGUGUACAAUACUAUACUACUGAUCAGUGUUUUAGUGUACUUAAGUUUUUUACUAGCACUCAAAAUGACGAACCUGAAUAUUAACAGUAGCAGUGACAGCAGCUCUGGAUCUUCUUCCGAUUCAAGCAGCAGUGGAAGCUCUUCCACGAGCUCCGGUUCAGGGUCCUCCAGUUCAGAUUCAGAAUCUUCCGUGUCCGACACACCACAGGUCAACUCUAUCCAAGCCCAACCCCCUAAGUCCCCCACAAAACCAGAGGAAAACAAAGAAGAACCAAAACAAAGAAGACCGUCCAAAACAAACAGAAUAUCUUCUUCGAGCGAUGACGAAAUUCCAAAAAUAGAAAGCCCCAAAAAUCAAACACCAAAAAGACGGAGCUCUACUAAAGCGAAAGCUGCAAGUGUCCUGGCUAAAAAGCCUUUAUCUGGUGGAGCUAAAACUCCGAAGCCAGCUUCGAAAACUGCAAAACCAACUCCUAAAUCUGACCAGAAGAAAAAAAGCAUAUUUUCACCGGUCAACAGUUCAGAAUCUGAAACUGAGAGCAAAUCGUCCAAAAGUCCAAAGGGGUCCCCUGGUUCUAAAAAAGGAUCUAGGAAGUCUAGUGAUGAAAAGAAUUCUUCUUCUUCUGUUACACCUGACAAUGAUGAUUCAAAUGGAAAAGAUAAUGUAAAGCGUAGGAGUACUAAUAAACCAAGUGGGCCCCCUCCGAAGAAAGCGGUUGAAGAUAAAAGUGCAUCGUCAUGUUCGUCAAGUCAAUCAUCGAUUGAGUCCGUGUCUUCUGAUAGUGAAAGUGAACCGGCACCCAAAAAAGUAGAACCACCACCUCCACUGAAAACUGGAAAAACUAAACCACCUUUAGGCAAUUCUAACAAACAAGAAACUGUUGGAAAAAUUGUCGAUCCAAAGGAUGCCACGAUGCCUCGAAAAUUCACCAGAUCAUUAUCAGCUAGAGUUUCCAGACUGGCCACUAUAUCCAGGCCUACUCACACUGACACGGAUUCAGAAGCUGAUGACAAAAGUCAUGAAAAAAGUUACAUGAAAGACAUCAAAAAGAUCCUCAAAGGUCGCCUACCUGCAGUCCAGUCGCCUAUCAGACCACUGCCUCCACCAGAGCCAUCAGAGAGACGGUGUCCUGUCAGAGGCUGCGACUCCAGUGGCCACCUUGGUGGCAAAUCGAACCGCCACUUCACGUGGGACGCGUGCCCUGUCUACCACAACGUGACGGGCGCGUGGUGCGUGGCGGCGAGCGAGGAGCGCGCGGCCGCUUCCAGCACCAGGCGGCGCGCGCUGCAGACGCUGCAGCAGCGGCCCCGGACCAUGCCCACCAUCGAGCAGCGCGCCUACCAGCUCAAGGUCAAGCCACGCCACGUGACACGUGACGCGGGCGAGGAGCGCGCGGCCGCUUCCAGCACCAGGCGGCGCGCGCUGCAGACGCUGCAGCAGCGGCCCCGGACCAUGCCCACCAUCGAGCAGCGCGCCUACCAGCUCAAGGUCAAGCCACGCCACGUGACACGUGACGCGGGCGAGGAGCGCGCGGCCGCUUCCAGCACCAGGCGGCGCGCGCUGCAGACGCUGCAGCAGCGGCCCCGGACCAUGCCCACCAUCGAGCAGCGCGCCUACCAGCUCAAGGUCAAGGAGCGCGCGGCCGCUUCCAGCACCAGGCGGCGCGCGCUGCAGACGCUGCAGCAGCGGCCCCGGACCAUGCCCACCAUCGAGCAGCGCGCCUACCAGCUCAAGGUCAAGGUGGGUCGCUACAGCCACGCCACGUGCCACGUGACACGUGACGCGGGCGAGGAGCGCGCGGCCGCUUCCAGCACCAGGCGGCGCGCGCUGCAGACGCUGCAGCAGCGGCCCCGGACCAUGCCCACCAUCGAGCAGCGCGCCUACCAGCUCAAGGUCAAGGAGCGCGCGGCCGCUUCCAGCACCAGGCGGCGCGCGCUGCAGACGCUGCAGCAGCGGCCCCGGAGCAUGCCCACCAUCGAGCAGCGCGCCUACCAGCUCAAGGUCAAGGUGGGUCGCUACAGCCACGCCACGUGCCACGUGACACGUGACGCGGGCGAGGAGCGCGCGGCCGCUUCCAGCACCAGGCGGCGCGCGCUGCAGACGCUGCAGCAGCGGCCCCGGACCAUGCCCACCAUCGAGCAGCGCGCCUACCAGCUCAAGGUCAAGGAGCGCGCGGCCGCUUCCAGCACCAGGCGGCGCGCGCUGCAGACGCUGCAGCAGCGGCCCCGGACCAUGCCCACCAUCGAGCAGCGCGCCUACCAGCUCAAGGUCAAGCCACGCCACGUGACACGUGACGCGGGCGAGGAGCGCGCGGCAGCUUCCAGCACCAGGCGGCGCGCGCUGCAGACGCUGCAGCAGCGGCCCCGGACCAUGCCCACCAUCGAGCAGCGCGCCUACCAGCUCAAGGUCAAGGACAUGCGUUCCAAAUGGAAAGGAAGUCAAGAACUCCGCGAGAAGUUAUCCAUUACUUGCGAAGAAACGACAGAAGAGAGAGAACCGAUCCUGGAUGGUUUCGCCCCGGACUACGAUCUGAGGCUGUUCAGGGAAGCGCAGGCGUUGGCAGCCAUCAAGAUAGAGGAAGAACUUGGGGAUAUAUCGACGGAUAGAGGGACCAGAUUCGUAGUGAUGGGCAAAUACAUGAUGGAAGUGUGGUACCAGUCUCCCUACCCGGGUGACGCGCCUCGCGUGCCACGGCUCUUCGUCUGCGAGUACUGUCUCAACCACCACACCUCCGCCACCGGCGCCCAGCGACACAAGGCCAAGUGCGUGUGGCGCCACCCGCCCGGCGACGAGGUGUACAGGAAAGACGAGCUGAGCGUGUGGCAAGUCGACGGCCGCAAGCACAAACAGUACUGCCAGCAGCUCUGCCUUCUGGCCAAGUUCUUUCUCGACCACAAGACAUUAUACUAUGACGUGGAACCUUUUCUCUUCUACGUAAUGACCAAUGCUGAUGACGAGGGAUCGCACGUCGUUGGAUACUUUAGCAAGGAGAAGAACUCAUUCCUGAACUACAACGUGUCCUGCAUUCUGACCCUACCUCCGUAUCAGCGGCAGGGGUAUGGGAGGCUUCUGAUCGACUUCAGCUAUCUGCUAACAAAAGUGGAGGGCAAAGUUGGGUCUCCAGAGACACCCUUGUCCGACCUGGGCCUGAUAUCGUAUCGGUCUUACUGGAAGGAAGCGCUGCUGAGGCGGCUGUGCUCUGCUCCCGGCCCGACGCUGUGCAUUCGCGACCUGAGCAAGGACCUGGCUAUAGCCUCGUCGGACAUCGUGUCUACGCUGCAGGAGAGAGGCCUGAUGAAGUACUGGAAAGGAAAGCAUAUUGUACUGAAAAAGCAGUAUGCAUAUCUAUUUACGAUGUAA